GCGGCGCGGGCGGCGGCGGCGGCGGCGGCGGCGGCUCCAUGGCUCGGGCGCGCUGAGGGACGCGGCUCUCGCCUCAGCCCGGCGGCGGCGGCCGAACAAUGAAGCUCCUGAAGCCGACCUGGGUCAACCACAAUGGCAAGCCAAUUUUUUCAGUUGAUAUUCACCCUGACGGAACCAAGUUCGCAACUGGAGGACAAGGACAGGAUUCUGGGAAGGUUGUGAUCUGGAAUAUGUCUCCAGUCCUCCAGGAGGAUGACGAGAAGGAUGAAAAUGUCCCCAAGAUGCUUUGCCAGAUGGACAAUCACUUAGCAUGUGUGAACUGUGUGCGGUGGUCAAACAGUGGGAUGUAUUUAGCUUCUGGGGGAGAUGACAAACUGAUUAUGGUGUGGAAGCGGGCUACGUACAUCGGGCCCAGCACCGUGCUCGGCUCCAGCGGCGAGCUGGCCAACGUGGAGCAGUGGCGAUGUGUGUCCAUCCUGCGGAGCCACUCAGGGGACGUGAUGGAUGUAGCGUGGUCGCCCCAUGACGCCUGGCUGGCCUCGUGCAGCGUGGACAACACCGUCGUCAUCUGGAAUGCUGUCAAGUUCCCAGAAAUUCUAGCUACUCUGAGAGGUCAUUCUGGCUUGGUGAAGGGGUUGACUUGGGACCCUGUCGGUAAAUACAUUGCCUCCCAAGCUGAUGACCGCAGCCUGAAGGUGUGGAGGACAUUGGACUGGCAGCUGGAGACCAGCAUCACCAAGCCUUUCGACGAGUGUGGAGGGACGACCCACGUGUUGCGGCUCAGCUGGUCACCUGACGGGCAUUACCUGGUAUCUGCACACGCCAUGAACAACUCCGGCCCCACCGCCCAGAUCAUUGAGCGGGAGGGCUGGAAGACCAACAUGGACUUCGUCGGGCACCGGAAAGCUGUGACCGUCGUGAAAUUCAACCCAAAAAUCUUCAAGAAGAAGCAGAAGAACGGGAGCUCCGCAAAGCCCAGCUGUCCGUACUGCUGCUGUGCUGUGGGCAGCAAGGACCGCUCACUGUCUGUCUGGAGCUCCAUCCAGGGCCCCUGGGUCCGGGGUUUGAGGGAGCCGAGUGGACGCGGAGGGCUGCCUUCGUUUCGAUCACCUUUGCCGCCGCUUUCCUUCCAGCUCACGUGUCUGAAACGGCCUUUGGUUGUCAUCCACGAGCUGUUUGACAAGUCCAUCAUGGACAUUUCCUGGACGCUGAAUGGGCUAGGCAUCCUGGUGUGCUCUAUGGAUGGCUCCGUGGCAUUCCUGGAUUUCUCCCAGGACGAGCUGGGAGACCCCCUGAGCGAGGAGGAGAAGAGCCGCAUCCACCAGUCCACCUACGGCAAGAGCUUGGCCAUUAUGGCCGAGGCGCAGCUUUCCACAGCCGUCAUUGAAAACCCCGAGAUGCUCCAGUACCAGCGGAGGCAGCAGCUGGGCCAGGGGGGCACAGCAGCCAGGGAGACAGGUGCCACGGCUGCGGUGGCUGGAGUUGUCAACGGGGAGAGUCUGGAGGACAUCAGGAAGAAUCUCUUAAAGAAGCAAGUUGAGACUCGGACGGCAGACGGCCGGAGGAGAAUCACGCCCCUCUGCAUCGCACAGCUGGACACCGGGGACUUCUCCACGGCCUUCUUUAACAGCAUCCCGCUCUCGGGCUCCCUGGCGGGCACCAUGCUCACCUCCCAUAGUGGUCCGCAGCUGCUGCCACUGGACUCCAGCACCCCCGUCUCCUUCAGCGCCUCCAAGCCUCCCACAGAGCCUGUGGCAACAGCGGGCGCCAGGCCUGCGGGCGAUGCUGUCAGUAAGGACAGUGUGAACGCUACCUCGACUCCUGCUGCAUUGUCACCGUCUGUGCUCACCACCCCGUCCAAGAUUGAACCUAUGAAAGCCUUCGACUCUCGAUUCACAGAGCGGUCCAAAGCCACACCAGGUGCCCCCUCCCUGACCAGCAUGACUCCGACGGCUGUGGAAAGGUUGAAAGAGCAGGGCCUCGCGAAGGAGCCGAGGCCCCGGGACGUCCUGGAGAGCAGCAGUGACAGUGACGAGAAGGUCCCCGUGGCCAAGCCCUCCUCACUGUCCAAGCGGAAGCUGGAGCUCGAGGUGGAGACGGUGGAGAAGAAGAAGAAGGGGCGGCCUCGGAAGGACGCGCGGCUCAUGCCCAUGUCUCUGUCCGUCCAGUCCCCCGCUUCCCUGACCGCAGAGAAGGAUACCGUGUGUCUGUCGAUACCAGCGCCCACGCUGAAGCUGCCCAUGCCCGGCCCGCAGAGAGCGUUCACCCUCCAGGUAAGCUCUGACCCCUCCAUGUACAUCGAGGUGGAGAACGACGUGACGGCUGUCGGGGGACUGAAGCUGAGCCGCUUGAAGUGUAACCGGGAAGGGAAGGAGUGGGAGACGGUGCUCACCAGCCGGAUUCUCACCGCUGCUGGCAGUUGUGACGUGGUGUGUGUGGCCUGUGAAAAGAGGACGCUGUCCGUGUUCUCCGCUUGCGGUCGCCGCCUGCUCCCUCCCAUCCUCCUGCCGUCCCCGAUCUCCACUCUGCACUGCACCGGCUCCUACGUCAUGGCGCUCACUGCUGCGGCCACGCUGUCUGUCUGGGAUGUUCACAGGCAGGUGGUGGUGGUGAAGGAGGAGUCUCUGCACUCCAUCUUGGCAGGGAGUGAUAUGACGGUGUCACAGAUCUUGCUGACGCAGCACGGGAUCCCUGUGAUGAACCUGUCCGAUGGGAAGGCCUACUGCUUCAAUCCGUCACUGUCUACGUGGAACCUGGUUUCCGACAAGCAGGACUCCCUGGCCCAGUGUGCAGACUUCAGGAGCAGCCUGCACCCCCAGGACGCCAUGCUGUGCUCAGGACCCUUAGCCACAGUCCAGGGACGCGCCUCCACUUCGGGGCGGCAGGCGGCCCGACUCUUCUCCGUGCCUCACGUGGUGCAGCAGGAGACCACCCUGGCCUACCUGGAGAGCCAGGUCGCCGCAGCGCUCACCCUGCAGUCCAGCCAUGAGUACCGCCACUGGCUUCUGCUCUACGCACGGUACCUCGUGAACGAAGGGUUUGAAUACCGACUCCGAGAAAUAUGCAAGGACUUACUGGGUCCGGUUCACUGCUCCACUGGAAGCCAGUGGGAGUCCACAGUGGUGGGUCUGCGGAAGAGGGAGCUGCUGAAGGAGCUGCUGCCAGUCAUCGGGCAGAAUCUCCGCUUCCAGCGCCUGUUCACCGAGUGUCAGGAGCAGCUGGACAUCCUGAGGGACAAAUAGCCCGCCAGAGCCGCCCCAGUUGCCGCAGGGGCAGGACCACCCCUCCUCGUCGGGCUACCGUGGGUGAGGAGAUGCCGGCAGGAGGCAGGCUGUCCUGCACCGGUGCCGCCCUGGGCCCUGGGCCCAUAGAUCCCUCU